ACAGGGGAGACACUAACCCAGAUAAACAAAGGAAUGACGAAAUUUGAUAAGAGUACCAACAACAAAUCGACUUUUCUGGCUUGGCAUCGCAUCGACCCCAAAGAAGAGAUUUGCACAAAACCGCUUUUGCUCUUGAUUUGGUUUUUGUUUUGUUCUUUUCCAGAAAGCGCGCCUUCUAAAUUUUGGCUUCAAAAAUGCUUGUACUUAGGUCAUGUCGGCUCCAAAGCCGGGCGUCCAUGGCGCCAUCGACCAAGUUCGCCAGCAGCAUCGCGGCGUACAGCAGACAAAGGGGAUUCGCCAGUGCAAGCGGUCCGAUAGAGACGGUCAAGCUCUCUUAUGACUUGCACGAGCCAGCCAAGCCGGUGGCCGACAAGCACACGUCUCCCAUAUUGGUGAUGCACGGGCUUUUCGGCUCCAGAAAGAACAACAGAAGCAUUAGCAAGGCUCUUGCACGUGAUCUGGGACGGCACGUAUACACUUUGGACCUUCGAAACCAUGGCGAAUCUCCCCAUGCUCCCCGUCACGACUAUCCGGCCAUGGCCGCCGAUGUAGCCGCCUUUAUCGAUGAGCACAAGAUCUCGUCGCCCACUCUAAUCGGUCACUCCAUGGGCGCAAAAACGGCCAUGACCCUCGCCCUGCACUCCCCAUCCCUGAUCAAGGACGUCAUCCCCGUCGACAACGCCCCCGUCGACGCCGUGCUUGGGUCAGACUUUGCCAAGUACAUCCGGGCCAUGAAGGAGAUCGACCGGGCCGGAGUGACGCGGCAGGCCGAGGCCGACAAGAUCCUGGCCCCGGUCGAGCCCUCUCUGCCCGUGCGCCAGUUUCUGCUCGGGAACCUGCACCGUCCGGAUCCCGAUUCGCCGGUACAGAGGUUCCGCGUGCCGCUCGACAUCAUCGCCAGGAAUCUGAACCACAUGGGCGACUUCCCGUACAAGAACCCGGACGAGGUCAGGUUCGACGGCCGCGCCCUCUUCGUCAGGGGCACAAAGAGCAAGUACGUCGCCGACGAGGCCCUGCCCCUCGUCGGUCGCUUCUUCCCCCGGUUCGAGCUCGCGGAUAUAGAUUCGGGCCACUGGGUCAUUUCGGAGAAGCCCGAGGAGUUUAGACAAGCUGUUCUGCGCUUCCUCGACCCCAAAGAAUAAGCCAAUGGCCUCUAUCAUAGAUUCCUCCUAUGUCAUAUAAAUGUAACAAUUGUACCAUUAAUACUACCGAAUGCCUCUGGCAAACAUGAGCUGGGAUGGGCUCCUGGAAGGGGGUUUUACAACGAAAACAAUACUGUCGAAAAAGAUAGACCCUCUCUCCGUUGACGGGAUCCAAAAAUAAAAUAAAAAUAAAAAUAAAGCCAAAAAGAGCCCGGGUAUCAUGCGUUCAGGUGCGCAUCUCUAUCAUCCCAUGACAGUACCUGGC